UUACUUUGCUAAACUUGUCUCUUUAAUAUUUUCAAUUUAGACUAUGAUACCAAGCUCAACCGCUAGAUGUCAGUGUACAGUACGCUUUCUUUAAAUGCGACCGAACUACAGGACACAUUUAACAAAAUGUUUAUUUAAUAAAAUGAACAUACGACUAAAUUUUGUUUUAAAUUAAUACACUUUUUAUGCAGUAAUAUAAUAACACAAAUUAAUAUUAAAAAAAAUAAAUUAAACAUUAAUCGUUAUAUUAUUAGAAACGAAUACAAACCGGAAGUUGGGGGUCUGUCGCGCGCGCGUCCGAUGAAACACCUUAUUUUAGUGUGCUGCAAAACUAGAGCAAAGUUUUACAGUGUACUUUACAUGCUUUCAGAUGAUAAACACAUAGUUUGCUUUAUCCAUCAUUUGUUUUGGUCAAAUCAAUGUUUUUAAGAUAAAAUGUUUUGUUUUUUACUUUGAAUGAUGUGACAUUUAGUUCUCUUCUUCAUGGCUCUAUAUCUGAAUAUAUAUUUUUUCUUUCCAGAACCUCAUGUUGGGCUCUGUCAUGUUUUAGGUGGAUUUGCAUAACCACAGUUUUACUACCAAUAUAAUGGUUAGACUAAGGUUGCUGUAUUAAAGCAUGGCUCAUUUGUGGUUACCAUGUAUUUUAUUCCUAUAGAUAAAUGAUAGUUAAUGUUGGCAAGGGAGGGUUGUUCAGGUCAUUGUCAGAUGAGUGGGUGAGAUAUCAGACACUAGAUGACUGUUUGUGGAUCUGAUGUCAUGUCUAGCACAUCUUCUUGAGUCUGUAAUUUACUGAAGAUCUCCUGAAGACCGUAAAACCGUCCUCAGCAAAAAGAACGUUUUGGGGAACAGAGAACUCUUCAAUGAAUUAACAGUUGUGAACAUCAAAAACAUGUUCAUCUUAUUCAAACCCUGAUGAUGAGGACGAUGAUGAUGAUGGAUAAUGUUAUGAGCCGCUGCCCUGACAUGAACUCAAACUCAACCUCCCGUAACAUGUCAAUGACAGUCGUAAAUUAAAGGGGAAGAUUUGGAGAUUUCAGGUCAUCACACACACACUUUCAGAAGGAUUCAUGGUCUGGAAUGCAGCUCUGGGUUCAGCCAGGAAUCUGUUAUCAGGAACGGUUUAAUGGUGUCUGAAGGAAUGUGUGUGAUGAAGAACAUGCUGCUGUGAUGCUGCAGGAAGAUGCUGAACAGACCUACACAUGACUUCUAGUGACACACCAUCAAUCAACAUCACACACACGACUGCCAGACCCCUGACACAUCACAACCCCUUCAUUCUCAUCACAACACAAUCACAUGCAUAUGCACACACACCUAUACGCAAACAAACACACGACCGCCAGACCCCUGACACAUCACAACACCUUCAUUCUGAUCACAACACAAACACCCAUGCGCACACACGCAUAUGCGCACGCACACAUACACACACACAUGUGCACACACAAACACAUACCGCCACCGGACCCCUGACACAUCACAACACCUUCAUUCUCAUCACAACACACAUGCAAACACGCGCACACACCCACAUACACACACAAAUCAGAGAGCAUUCAUAUUUUAUUGCUUUAUUCUUUUUACAUUUUAAGAUUUAUAUGUGUUUUAUUUUGUGUGCAGUGUAAUAUAAAUAAAUACCGUGGUACAUAAGUAUCAUUGUGUUUACCCAAAACAUUACACAUGGUACAUUGGUACAUUACACAUUACACAUUAAACAUGGAGGUAAAGCAGAAAGUCAAUCAGAUGUCAUCUGAACAUCAAAGACUCUGAACAUUAAUUUACAUCCGAGUGUGAUAACCCCUCCUCAUUCCAGACUGGUCUGUAUCUCCACCAAUCACCUCACAGGUGUCAAUCAUCAGUGGUUUGAUCAGGAGGUUUUGUAUAAAGCUCAUGUCAGACGAGUGUCUUCUGUCUGCCUCCAUCAAAGAUGUUCUUCAGUGUUUUAACUGUGUCACUUCUCUGUGUUCUGACUCUUAAAACUCAAGCGAAGAAUGUUCACACCCAAGAGAAGUUGUUUUUAAGAUCGAUGGGCCUCUCCAGCCGACCCAAACCCUCAGCUCACAGUUCCGUUCCCUCUCUGCUGUGGAAGAUGUUCAAGAGCUCAGAACAGAGGGAUUCAUGUGUGGUGUCUGAGUACGGGGUGCGAGGGAAUAUUGUGAGAUUCAUUCAUGAUGAAGGUCGUCUGAUCACUGCACCCACCGGCCGCAGUUUUUACUGCGUCAGAAAGCAUCUGUUUUUCAACAUGUCUGCGCUGGAGGAUGUUGAGCAACUCUCUUUUGCACAGCUGGAAAUAAAGUUCACACAGGAUCUCUCUCACCUGGGCCGGCAUGUGUUCAGUAUGGACCUGUACAGAGUUCUGAAGACCACACUAAAGGGAGUGACUCACGAGUCCAGCCGUAAAUUACUGCGCUCUCAAACGCUCGGAUACAACGCACUCGCCUCCGUGCGUUUCAAUCUGACAGAGCUGGCUGAAUCCUGGAGACAACCUGCAAAGAAUUAUGGGAUGCAACUGGAGCUGCAGGUGUCACACAACCUGCUGGACGAAGACGUGUUCGACGCAAAGGGCUUGCGCGCGGGCGUCUCUAUCCCAGAGUUCUCAGCGUCUCUGGUGGCAGUUUCGUUGAACCCACACCAGUGCAGGUCCAGAAGAAAAAGAAGUGCCUCUUAUUACCCGCCGGUGACCCCCAGUAAUGUGUGCAAACCCCGGAGACUUUACAUCGACUUCAAAGAUGUGGGUUGGCAGGACUGGAUCAUUGCGCCGCAGGGUUAUCUGGCUAAUUACUGCCAUGGAGAAUGUCCCUUUCCUCUGAGCGAGAGUCUGAACGGGACAAACCAUGCCAUUCUGCAGACUUUGGUGCACUCGUUUGAUCCUAAAGGGACCCCUCAGCCCUGCUGCGUUCCCAUCAAACUGUCACCCAUCUCCAUGCUGUAUUAUGACAACAAUGAUAAUGUGGUGCUCAGACAUUAUGAAGACAUGAUUGUAGACGAGUGUGGAUGCAGAUGAUGGUUUUACACGCUUUUAAUGUUGUAUGAUUCAUUAGAGUUGAUUGUUGUUUAUAAAGAUGUCAUGGUA